AUGGAGCUUGCUAUGAAACUUGUUCAGUUCAUUAUAAGCACGCUGCCUGCCGAAGAUUUUGAUUAUAUGUUUGGAACGAAGAGGCUGCAGAUAGCUGUUCAAAACAUAAAAAUUGUUGAAGAGUUUGGUGGGUACAAUUAUGCAUCAACAGAUCUUGCUGCUCUGUGGUACCGACUGAACGAGGAAAAGGCUGAAUGGAUUAUAUAUGUUACUGAUGUUGGCCAAAGAGAGCAAUUUGAAAUGCUUUUUGCUGCGGCCAAACGAGCCGGUUGGCUUCCAGCUGAUGGCAGUAAGUAUCCUAAAGCUAGUCAUGUCGGGUUUGGGCUUGUCCUUGGAGAAGAUGGAAAACGAUUCCGUACUCGCAGUACUGAAACUGUCAAACUAGUUGAUUUACUAAUUGAAGCCAAAAGUAGAUGCAAAACCGCUUUAAUUGAAAGAGGCAAAGAUAAAGAAUGGACUGAGGAGGAGCUUGAUAAAACUGCUGAAGCAGUUGGAUAUGGGGCUGUUAAAUAUGUUGAUCUGAAGAAUAACCGGACAACGAACUAUACAUUUAGUUUUGACCAGAUGCUCAAUGAUAAGGCUCAGCACUUUCUAAAAAAUCUAUACAAGGAGGUAGCACUUCGAUUGCAGGGGAUGUGGAGUGCAAGGAAGAGCUUUUACUCUCGAGGUUGUGUCUCAUUUUCUCAAAUAAAGAAGAAGAAAAGUGAUGCAGGAGAACCAGUAAAGUACAUGGGCUGUGGGGACUGCGAGAAUCUCAGUAAAGUAGCUCUAAAGAAUAGAUCCGUUGGUGAAGAUCUUUCCUCCGAAUCCUGCCGGCGUGAGAUAACGUCUAAGUCUGCUCAGGUUCUCUAUCUUCAUUUCUCUUUGUCGGGUGGAGAGAUGGCCUUCUUGUCCUUUGGUACGGAUACUGCAGGCUUUUACAUAGAAGAGGAAACUCUGUCCUUUAAGGUCAAUGCCUCUGACUUCUUCAAGUGUUGCAGCAUAUCUUGGAGUCUGUCCACGUGGCCUUCCCGACUUCAGUUGAGGUGA